AAAAAGAAAACGAAAUGUGAGAUGGAGUCAGUAGACGAAAAGAACCAAAUUUCUAGUCAUCUGUGGAACUUCAUCCCUACGGUUGUCUGGCCGCUACCUGAAUAUCUUCAAAAUAAUAUUCACAAAACCCAGUUCAAUUACAAACUCGAUUUUGUGAAAAAUUCAAAAUAUAUCAGGCUUUUAUUCUAUGCAUCGUUGUUACUAGAGAGAGAAAACCAAAAACAAAUCUCCCCAGAAUCAACACAACAAAUGCAAAAAUAUAUCAAAAACCAAAACAAACAAGAAAUAAUUAAACUAUGUAUUUGAUGCCCUAAAAAUCUAGGGUUUCCAAGAGGAAAGGCUCAUAUCAAGUGUAAUUUUGGAAAGGUCUGACAUUGUGGGGGAAAACUCAAAUCGAAGAAGAGAAUUGAAGAGAAGAUAGAGAAAACAAAGACACGGAUCUGAUGAUUAUCAGCUGCCAACAAGCCUACCCUUUUUUUUACCCAAGGGGGCGGCAACUUUACUCAAUCAACCUUGUAGUCUUCGUUUUCUCCUUCAGUUUCUCUCUCUCCAAACCCUAAAUCAAAAUGAGCCUCCUCUUUUUAGAGAGAACCCCCCACUCAAGCCUCUCUCUUUUUAAUCAAAGCCCAUCGAUUACAUACGAAAGAUCACCACUAGAGAGAGAGAGAGAUAUUAAGGUUACCACCCUCCUUCUGCUUCCAU